AUGUUCCUCUCUUCAUCAGAUGCUUCUCUCUUCUUCAAAGUACUUCGUCUCUUGAUCAAGAUGCUUUCCUCUGUUCAUCAAAGUGCUUCCUCUCUUCAACAAAGUGCUUCCUCUCUUCAACAAAGUGCUUCCUCGCUUCUUCAAGAUGCUUCCUCUCUUCAACAAAGUGCUUCCUCUCUUGAUCAAGAUGCUUCCUCUCUUCAUCAAGAUGCUUCCUCUCUUCUUCAAAGUACUUCGUCUCUUGUCAAGGUGCUUCCUCUCUUGAUCAAGAUGCUUCCUCUCUUCUUCAAAGUACUUCCUCUCUUGAUCAAGAUGCUUCCUCUCUUGAUCAAGAUGCUUCCUCUCUUGAUCAAGGUGCUUCCUCUCUUCAACAAAGUGCUUCCUCGCUUCUUCAAGAUGCUUCCUCUCUUGAUCAAGAUGCUUCCUCUCUUCAUCAAGAUGCUUCCUCUCUUCUUCAAAGUACUUCGUCUCUUGAUCAAGAUGCUUCCUCUCUUGAUCAAGAUGCUUCCUCUCUUCUUCAAAGUACUUCCUCUCUUGAUCAAGAUGCUUCCUCUCUUGAUCAAGAUGCUUCCUCUCUUGAUCAAGGUGCUUCCUCUCUUCAACAAAGUGAUUCCUUUCUUCUUCAAAGUACUUCCUCUCUUGAUCAAGAUGCUUCCUCUCUUCAUCAUGCAGCUUCCGCUCUUCAUCAUGCAGCUUCCGCUCUUCUUCAAGAUGCUUCCUCUCUUCAACAAAGUGCUUCCUCUCUUCUUCAAAGUACUUCCUCUCUGGAUCAAGAUGCUUCCUCUCUUCUUCAAAGUACUUCCUCUCUUGAUCAAGAUGCUUCCUCUCUUCAACAAAGUACUUCCUCUCUUGAUCAAGGUGCUUCCUCUCUUGAUCAAGAUGCUUCCUCUCUUCAUCAUGCAGCUUCCUCUCUUCUUCAAGAUGCUUCCUCUCUUCAACAAAGUGCUUCCUCUCUUCUUCAAAGUGCUUCCUCUCUUCUUCAAAGUACUUCCUCUCUUCUUCAAAGUACUUCGUCUCUUGAUCAAGAUGCUUCCUCUGUUCAUCAAGAUGCUUCCUCUCUUCUUCAAAGUACUUCCUCUCUUGAUCAAGAUGCUUCCUCUCUUGAUCAAGGUGCUUCCUCUCUUCAUCAAGAUGCUUCCUCUCUUCUUCAAAGUACUUCCUCUCUUGAUCAAGAUGCUUCCUCUCUUCAACAAAGUGCUUCCUCUCUUCAACAAAGUGCUUCCUCUCUUCAACAAAGUGCUUCCUCGCUUCUUCAAGAUGCUUCCUCUCUUGAUCAAGAUGCUUCCUCUCUUCAUCAUGCAGCUUCCGCUCUUCAUCAUGCAGCUUCCGCUCUUCUUCAAGAUGCUUCCUCUCUUCAACAAAGUGCUUCCUCUCUUCUUCAAAGUACUUCCUCUCUGGAUCAAGAUGCUUCCUUUCUUCUUCAAAGUACUUCCUCUCUGGAUCAAGAUGCUUCCUCUCUUCAACAAAGUACUUCCUCUCUUGAUCAAGGUGCUUCCUCUCUUGAUCAAGAUGCUUCCUCUCUUCAUCAUGCAGCUUCCUCUCUUCUUCAAGAUGCUUCCUCUCUUCAACAAAGUGCUUCCUCUCUUCUUCAAAGUGCUUCCUCUCUUCUUCAAAGUACUUCCUCUCUUCUUCAAAGUACUUCCUCUCUUGAUCAAGAUGCUUCCUCUGUUCAUCAAGAUGCUUCCUCUCUUCUUCAAAGUACUUCCUCUCUUGAUCAAGAUGCUUCCUCUCUUGAUCAAGGUGCUUCCUCUCUUCAUCAAGAUGCUUCCUCUCUUCUUCAAAGUACUUCGUCUCUUGAUCAAGGUGCUUCCGCUCUUCAUCAUGCAGCUUCGUCUCUUCUUCAAGAUGCUUCCUCUCUUGAUCAAGAUGCUUCCUCUCUUCAUCAUGCAGCUUCCGCUCUUCUUCAAGAUGCUUCCUCUCUUCAUCAAGAUGCUUCCUCUCUUCAUCAAGAUGCUUCCUCUCUUGCUCAAGAUGCAGCUUCCUCACUACAUCAUGUAG